AUGAGUUCUAAAAAGCAGCAGUCGAUAUCUGCGUUCUUCAAUAAGCCCAAAACUCUGGUGGCAGAAUCUGAUACAUUACGUAACGAUGAAAUUGAGGUGCCAGAUGCAAAGAGACGAAAGACCAGUGCUGAUACCAGGAUUUCUGUAUCAGCAGAUGAUACCCACGACUCGAAUCGCGAUGACUCUCACUUGAGACCACUAUCAGCUAAUGGACAAAAUACCAGGGUCUUUCCAACUCGCUCUCCCGUGACAGACAGGACGUCGAGAUACCUAUUUUCACAAACACUUUUACCGGACGACGAGAAUACACCUGGGCAACACGAUCCGAAGAAAGCAGAUCUCCAUCGUCGUUUUGUAAAAAAGCUUGGGAAUCCAGACAGCAUCAAUGAUAUCAAGCGAAGGAAUAGAGCGUUGUUCGUGGAGGACAACGAUGAGCUCGAUGGGGAGGCUGACGAGGAUGAAGAAGCAACGCCGGAACCUGCAAAGCCGACUGCUAAGAGGAAGGGAGCCAAGACUGGAAAGCUGACACCCAUGGAAAAGCAAGUCAUUGAGAUCAAGCAGGCUCAUCCAGACACGCUGCUAGUGGUGGAGGUUGGCUACAAGUUCCGCUUCUUCGGAGAGGAUGCAAGAAUGGCUGCUAAGGAGCUCGGGAUUGUAUGCAUACCUGGUAAGAUGCGAUUUGACGAUCACCCGUCUGAAUCACACCUAGACAGGUUUGCUUCAGCCAGCAUUCCUGUUCAUAGGCUGCAUGUCCAUGUUAAGCGGCUUGUCCAGGCCGGCCACAAAGUCGGUGUGGUCAGACAGCUUGAGACUGCCGCACUGAAGGCUGUUGGUGACAACAGAAAUACUCCAUUCACAAGGAAGCUGACCAAUCUGUAUACCAAAGGCACAUAUAUCGAUGACAUAGAAGUUCUCGAGGAGGAGAGUACCAAUGCAGCAGCUAAUCCGGCUCGCUCUACUGGCUUCUUACUAUGCUUGACUGAAACCAAUGCCAAAGGCUACGGCAAUGAUGAGAAGGUGCAUCUUGGAAUGGUUGCAGUUCAGCCGGCAACCGGUGAUAUCGUCUAUGACGAUUUCGAGGACGGCUUUAUGCGAAGUGAGAUUGAAACCCGACUUCUUCACCUAGCACCUUGCGAGUUCCUCAUUGUGGGUGAUCUGUCGAAAGCGAGUGAUAAGCUUGUCAUGCAUCUAUCUGGCAGCAGAGCAAACGUGUUUGGAGAUAGGGCUAGAGUAGAACGGCUCAACAAGCACAAAACGAUAGCUGCUGAAGCUCACAAUCAUGUUACGAAUCACUAUACCGAAAAGAUGAGACAAUCUUUGCAGGACGAAAAAGCCUCGAAAGUUCUGGAUAAGAUCCUUGGACUGCCGGAGCAUGUCAUGAUCUGCCUAUCGGCUUUGAUAACCCAGCUGUCAGACUAUGGACUGGCAAACGUGUUUGAUCUCACCAAGUACUUCCAGCCAUUUUCAGCUCGCUCGCACAUGCUGCUGAAUGGUAACACUCUCAAUAGCCUCGAGAUUUACCAGAACCAAACAGACUACACCGUCAAGGGAAGCCUGUUCUGGACGCUUGAUCGGACACGAACAAAAUUCGGUAGCCGGCUGUUGAGAAAGUGGGUUGGUCGACCUUUACUGGACAAGUUGCUCAUUGAAGCACGUCAGAAUGCGGUGGAGGAACUUCUUGAUCCUGAAAAGGUUGUGCAGGUAGAGAAGUUGAGAAAAGUCCUUAUCCGGCUGAAGAAUGACCUCGAGAAGAGCCUGCUGAGAAUAUACUACGGAAAGUGCACUCGACCAGAGCUGUUAAACGUUCUGCAAGCAUUUCAAUUUCUGGCCAACGAAUACUCGCAUGCUACUGUUCCCAAUGAAACUGGAUUUUCUUCCACAUUACUAUCAGAAUCUAUUAUGAGUCUGCCAACGAUUCAGUCCGAGAUAACAGCUUAUCUCGACCAGAUCAACCUUCAUGCUGCUAAGUCUGAUGACAAAUAUGCUUUCUUUCAGGAAGAUCACGAGACAGAGACCAUAUCUGAGCACAAAUUCGGGAUAGCAAGCGUCGAAAACGACCUCGAAGCAUUACGGACAGUCGCAGCGGAGAAGCUAGGUCGGAAGCGACCUGUAGACUAUGUCACGGUGGCGGGCAUUGACUUUCUGGUAGAGGUCGAAAAUGCUUCCGCAGCUAUCAAGAAAGUUCCAGCGUCGUGGAUCAAAGUCAGUGGUACCAAAAAAGUCUCUCGCUUCCAUCCACCAGAGGUCGUAAAGCUCGUUCGCGAACGUGAUCAACACAAGGAAUCUCUUGCAGCAGCAUGUGAUACAGCGUUCGAAGCUCUCCUAGCAGAUAUUAGCACGAAGUAUUCACAAUUCAGAGACGCUAUUCUGAGCCUAGCAGCAUUAGACUGCCUGAUGUCCCUGGCAACCAUCGCACAACAGCCAGGCUAUACUCGUCCGAUGUUCGUCGCUGACACGCAAAUCGAGGUCAAAGGCGCCAGACAUCCUAUGAUCGAGCAACUCCUUCUGGACUCGUAUGUACCCAACGAUGUCUCGCUACGUCAGGAUAGCACUCGAGCACUCUUGGUGACUGGACCAAAUAUGGGCGGCAAAUCGUCAUAUGUACGGUCGGUAGCUCUCAUCACUAUCAUGGCACAAAUAGGCUCCUUCGUUCCAGCCGACUCCGCCCAGAUUGGUAUUGUGGAUGCAGUCUUCACUCGCAUGGGCGCUUUCGACAACAUGAUGGCUGGCGAGAGCACGUUCAUGGUCGAGCUUUCCGAAACGUCUGACAUUCUGAAGUUAUCGACCGAAAGAAGCCUGGUCGUACUUGAUGAACUUGGUCGGGGCACUAGUACACACGAUGGCGUGGCUAUCGCUAGUGCUGUGCUGGACUGGCUGGUACGCGAGAAGAAGUGUCUGACGCUGUUCAUCACGCACUAUCAAGUCCUCGCGCGGAUGGCCAAUGGUUUUGACAAUCAAGAGCUUAGGAACGUGCACAUGAAAUUCUCCGAAGAUGAGGAAGGAGGCGAUAACGUGACGUUCCUCUAUGAGGUUGGUGAGGGAGUUGCUCACCGAAGCUACGGUCUCAACGUCGCUCGGCUUGCUGGACUAGACACUAGUGUAAUUGAGCUUGCCAGAGACAAGAGCUCCGAGCUGGAGGAAGAGAUGAGGAAAAAGAGACUGCAAGGACUGGCUAAUGGACUAGUGAAGGACGACAGCAUGUUCAACAUGGAAACUCUGGUAGAGAGGAUCGAGACGCUUUGA